UGUUCAAAACACACUUUUCUUUAGACAAUCCAAUUAAUUGAACCAAAAAACUGCAAAUUAAACAUGACUGUGUCACCUUCUUCUCUUCCUGCAGCAGCCAAGAGCCGAGUCCUCAUCGUCGGUGCCACCGGCUUCAUUGGCCAGUUCAUCGCAGAAGCCAGCCUCAACACCGGCCGCACCACCUACAUUCUCGCCCGGCCAUCGGCCGCUCGCUCCCCUUCUAGGGCCAACACCAUCAAAGCUCUUCAAGACAAGGGCGCAAUCGUUAUACAUCAGGGCGUUAUAAACGAUCAAGAAUCCAUGGAGAAGAUAUUGAGGGAGCUUGAGAUUGAUACAGUGAUAUCAGCCGUGGGUGGUGCUAGCAUAACAGACCAGUUCACACUCAUCCAUGCCAUAAAAGCUGUUGGUACCAUAAAGAGGUUUUUGCCGUCCGAGUUUGGGCACGAUGUAGACAGGGCAGAUCCGGUGGAGCCGGGACUGGCCAUGUACAAAGAGAAGCGGAAAGUGAGAAGGUUGAUAGAGGAGUAUGGGGUGCCCUACACUUAUAUAUGCUGCAAUUCCAUUGCUUCUUGGCCCUACUAUGAUAAUACACACCCUUCCGAGGUUCUUCCUCCUUUGGAUCAAUUCCAAAUUUAUGGCGACGGUAGCGUCAAAGCCUACUUUGUAGCAGGCACUGAUAUUGGAAAAUUCACAAUGAAAAGUGUGGACGACAUCCGAACUCUUAACAAGUCUGUUCAUUUCCGACCGUCCUGCAAUUUUCUCAACAUUAACGAGCUUGCAUCUUUGUGGGAGAAGAAGAUCGGACGUAGCCUCCCUAGGGUUACAGUCACAGAAGAUGAUUUACUAGCUUUGGCAAGAGAGAAGAUCAUCCCACAAAGCAUAGUGGCUUCGUUCACGCACGAUAUAUUCAUAAAGGGUUGUCAAAUUAAUUUUACCAUCGAUGGUUCUGAUGAAGUUGAAGUGACUGCUCUCUAUCCAGAUGAAACUUUUCGAACCAUGGAUGAAUGUUUUGAUGAUUUUGUUCUUCAGAUCGACGCUGCCAACCGUACCGGCUCCAUGGAUGGGAUCACUGCCCAGAAUCAUGUAAUUGACAGGAUGCCCAUCACAGCAAUGUGUGCUUGAUAUAUAUGGAUGAUCUUAUGGACAGUUUAUUCAAUAAUUCUCCUACUUUAAUUAGUUAUAUAUAUUAAGAUAUAAAGUUGGGUGAAGAAAGGGAAAAUAUCCCAUGUAUUUUUUUUUUUUUUGGUAGCAAAAUUUUUUCAAUUGGAUGAUUGAAUGAUUUGUAUUGUUAAAUGUAGACAUUUGAAUGAUUAAAAUGCAACAAGUUUAACAAAAUAAAGGCCUCAAAAUUAUGGACUUCA